AUGGCGACGGACUUGAAGUCCCCGGCUACCGACAUGGCCCAGUCCUCGCCGGCACCAUCCAGCAAACCCCAAAAUCUCUCCAAGGCGAGAUCAAGAUCUCGGCCAGCCCGGCGUCAUCGAGAUUCAUCCCCCCCACCGUCCUCCUCCCCACCAGGCCUACCUACGCCGGCGUUCUCCCCCGAUGGGCUCAGCGAUGACGAAGAAGAGCUGCUCGGGGAAGAUACGCUGUCGCCGUUCGACGCCCGCCGAAUUACACCUACCCUCCAUGCAUCGCUCGUCUCCGAGAUUCUUUCCCUCCGGCGAGAGGUCGAAAACAAAACCAAGGCUAUUGAUUUCUUAGAAGUGAGCUUGGACGAAUCACGGACGGAAAAUGAAACGCUGGGCGAGAAUUUGACCCAGGCCACGCGCGAUGCGCGGUCCUUGAAGCAUCAAAUCCAGCUCCUGGAAGGCGGGACCUCAUCUGCGAUGACGGAAUUGGCCCGCGAGCGAGACGAUGCCGUUGAGAACGUCAACGACGCCCGCAAGAAAUUAGAGCAAGCACAAAAAAGAGUUCGCAGUCGGGAAGAAGAUGUCGAGCGCACUCAGAUGUUGUGGGACCGCGAUCGAGAAAAGUGGGAGAAUGAGCGGAGGAAUAUGGAGCGCAAGGUCCACGUGGUGGAGGGCCGUCUGAAGGUGGUGCUGAACGAGGUCGCAGCGGCCCAAGAAGCUGGAAACCUUCAUUCACAAAUUAGCAGAAAUGACGAUGCUGCCAAGGAGAAGAGCAAAUGCAGCGACACAGCAAGUGUGGCCUCCAGCAGCCAGGGCUGUCGGCGCACGAGUAUGAUCAGUAUGACGUCUGAUGAGGGUGAGGGUGACGACCACGCCGGAGCCGAUUAUCACAACGUGCGAUACUCGGUGAUGAGUCUUGCUCCCGGUGCCAAGAACAAUUCAGGUUUGAAUUUGGCCCAGGAAUUGGACUUUGAUGAAGAGGAUGAGUUUGCUGCAUCUGAUGAGGAUGCGCUGCCUGAGGAACGCCCGAUGUCCGUUCACUCACAGUCGUCUCAUGCGGUUUCAUCAAAGGCCAGGAAAAUCCUGGGUCUUUCUCUUCAAAGCGUCGGGUCCGCUACAGCGGCAGAGUACCGUUCUCUAGACAUGAAGAGUCCUGCGAAAGUACCGGAGGUAUCUGUUGAGUAUCGCCACACGGGCAUCCAGUAUUCUCUACCGCCGUCACCCGAGACGUCGGCUGUGGAAGAGGAAGAUCUUUCUGCUGUGCCUGUAGAGACGAUUGCGGAGCCAGAGCGUGAAGAUCUCGAGGAUGAGAUGCCCAAGAUGAAGGAUUCCGCGACGCUCACCAGUGCUGUCGAGAUGGUGUCCACGUCUAGUCAGACAGUGGGCUAUCUUCCCAGUCCCCCGUGGACACCCAAGAUACCUGAACCUGAAUCACCAGCUCACUCUGCAGAAAAGCUUCCGGAGCUAGUGAAGAUGGCAUCAAUCUCUACUCAAACCGAUCCAAUUCCUGAAGCGGAACCCGUCAAGGAAGAAAAGGCCUCCCUAUCACCCAAUGAUAUCCCAGAUCAAAUGAACGUUCCAAUGAUCACCAUCCAUCCUCCCGGUUCGGAACCGCCUUCACCCCGAAAUAGCGUUGUUCUGCCACCUCAAACCAAGAAUGUAUCUGUGCAGGCCAAUUUCAGGUCGGUCAUCGAAGGCCGAUCCAUCGCCAUACAGACCGAGGAGAUUCGUGUUGAUAGGCGGAAACUGCCCGCCAGCCUUCUUCCUUCGGCUAUACCGGACUUGCCCACUCCAGCUGAAGCUCGGGAUACAGGGUAUCAGCCGUACCGGCCACCCGUGCCCCCGCCACGGUCUGCCAAGCGAGAGCAGCAGCUUCCUAGGCUGUUAGAGCGGCCAAUGAGACCUCCACCUGCACCACCAUCGGAGCCCAUUCAAGCCUACCCAGGCAACAAUGACAACGGCCCACUGUCUGACGAGGUAGCUUCUGGACUUCGGAGACCUUUCCGGUCCAGCAGUCUGUUUGCCGGCUUUGAACAGCUGAGCGAUGAUGAAGGCCCCCAUGGGGAAGAGCGCGACAUUUUCACGGACGACGAGCUGCUGAACAGGCCAUUCGCUGCAUACAAGAUCCGUCGUGGCAAAUUGGUCAAUGCCAAAUCAAGACCCAGUCUGGAUUCCAUAGGUCUCCCCGAGAUUGACGAGCAUCUCUCUGAUCCUGAGUCUCGACCAUCCGACCUUGGUCACAGCUACUCUCGCGCUACCCAACGGUCUGGUGCGACUGCCUCCAGCAGCCGCCAGUCUGGCAUGCGCAAGAUGGCUAUGAUCUCUAACGGGGCAGUGACGCAUCAAAAGAUGCGUUCCCGCAGCCCCAGCGAACCUAGCCUCGAAAGUGGCAGCGCAGGAUCUAGCAUUGCUCCUCCAUUCCCCGUCCCGGUCCGUCUCAGCUCGCGCAAGAUCCCCUUGGACGGCAGCGAUGGACCUCCAAGUCCGACUCGCUCCGCUGGGAGACAGUUCUCAGACCGUGGCCGUGGGUCGAUCGCCCGCCGACCGACCCUGCGCCGAGUCCGAUCCGCUGCUGCAAUGUCAAACUCAGACCUUCCAGAACGUCCAGAGACUCGAUCGUCCCCAACGCGGUCGCCCGAUUCCUUUGUACCUGAUAGCCCGUUCUGCCCGCCUCCCAUGCCAUUUGAUGAUAUCACGGCUCCUUUCGAGCUGCGAAAUACUCAUAAACGGGCCUCGCACCGCGCAGAACCCUCCAUAAGCUGGAAUCAUGAGCGUCGGGAUUCGACUGCGGGCGUGCAGCCGACUAGUGUCGUGGAUGCCAUUGCGCAAACAAUGGUCGGCGAGUGGAUGUUCAAAUACGUCCGCCGCCGUAAGUCCUUCAGCAUGGGUGAGUCCAAGGAUAGCUGGGAGGGGAAGAACCCGGACGAGGUAUCGGCCAAUAUCACGAACAGUGGAGUACGACACAAGCGAUGGGUCUGGCUUGCGCCAUAUGAAGGUUCUAUCAUGUGGAGCAGCAAGCAGCCAACGAGUGGUCCUGCAUUGUUGGGCAAGAGUGGCAGGAAGUUCGCUAUCCAAUCCGUUUUGGACGUCAAGGACGACAACCCUCUGCCCAAGGGCUCCGGCUCCCCAAAUCCCUUCAACCGUUCAAUCCUGGUGCUGACACCUCAGCGCGCGCUCAAAUUCACCGCAGUGACGGUCGAGCGCCACUACGUAUGGCUCACGGCGUUAUCCUUCCUCAGCCACUCCUCUAUGGGCCUGCACGAACUGGCCGCCCUGCCACCGGCGCCGCAAGAUGAGGUCGUAUCUCCUACGCCACUGGCUGCCCUGCGACGCAAUCCAAUCCGUGACUCCAUCCGCGUGGCCAAGGGCCGGCCCCGACCCAUGCCCAAGGGUAAACGCUCAUUCCCUGGAACAACCAUGCCUGAACUACCGCCAGGUGGCCUCGACAUGGCCGCUGAUGCACCCCAUGUCCCGCGUUUCUCCAACCACAACCGCAAGCGCAGCAACACGGCUCCACGGCCACCAGCGAUUCCCACCAUUCGCAGCUUCUCCAGCCAGGGCACUAUGCCCUCGUCACACAGCGGUACGACUGCCGGUUCUUCAGAGCCAUACUACUCAACUGUGCCGCCUCCCGUUCUCCCCCCGGGCAUCAGGAGCGGCCGCAGUAGCAUCAGUCGAACCUCGGAGGCCAGUGCGCGCACCGCCAACACCAAUGCCAGUAAUGUUUUUGACAUGGGCACCAUGCGCAUGGAGGCCUUUAUCGAUCACCAUGCGCAAGAGAUUAACCGCCCUCGUGGCGCGCCACCUGCUCGCUCACGACACACCCGCAAGAGCUCCAGCAAUUGGAGCCAGGGUGACUACGAUGCACCCUCCAUUUACGGCAGUGAAAUGUCCUUCCGAUCCGACCCUUUCCGCGGCUUUUAA